UGUAUAUGUGUGUGUACGAGUGUGUUUACAAGUGUGUUUACGAGUGUGUGUACAAGUGUGUAGCCACCGGCUGCUCGUCGUCUCCAUGGAGGACGUGCAGGGCUCCAGGCGGGUGGAGCUGAAUGACGGUACCUGGAUGCCUCUCCUGGGUCUCGGGACGUGGAAGUCCUCCCAUCUCCCCCGCACCACCUCGGUCCAGGGCGCGGUGGAGGCCGCCAUCGCGGCGGGCUAUCGCCACAUCGACACCGCCCACAGCUACCGGAACGAGGUGGACAUCGGCAAGGCGCUGCGCUCCAAGGUGCAGCAGGGCGUCGUCCGGCGGGAGGACAUGUUCGUGGUCAGUAAGCUGUGGUGUACCCAUCAUGCCCCAGAGGACAUCCCAAAAUGCCUGGACCAGUCCCUGAAGGACCUCCAGCUGGACUACCUGGACCUUUACCUCGUGCACUUCCCCGUUGGCCUAAAGAAUACGGGAGACGAGCUUUUCCCAAAGAAGGACGGCGUGAUGCUGACGUCUGACAUCGACUACGUGGACGUCUGGAGGGGGAUGGAAGCCCUGCAGGCCUCGGGCAAGGUGAGGAGCAUCGGGGUGUCCAACUUCAGCACCCUGCAGCUGGAGAGACUGCUGGCUCUGUGCAGGGUGCCCCCUGCUGUCAACCAGGUUGAGCUUCAUCCCUACUUGGUGCAGACGGAGAUGAUCGACUUCUGUCACUCCAAGAACAUCGCCCUGACGGCCUACAGCCCCUUCGGCUCGCCGCAGAGACCCCCACAGAUGUUCAGAGGAGACCUGGAUCCACAUCGGCUCCUGGAGGAACCAGUCGCAGCCGGUAUCGCCCAGAAGCAUCGACGCAGCACUGCACAGGUGUUGCUCAGGUACCACGUGCAGCAGGGCAUCGCCGUCAUCCCUAAGAGCGACAAGCCUCAUCGCAUCCUGGAGAACACAAAGAACGUUGAGACAGUACUCCUCCAAUUCCCUCAUUGGAAGCAUCCACCUCGACCAUAAACUGGCGCUGGGGAUCUGGAAUGGUGAGUAUGGGAGCUGAUGUGAAUCUAUCUCUGAGAAGUUUGAAAGCAAGAUCCGCCUGGGGGGUCCACUUGAAGGGAACCUUAGGAGAAGUCAGAACAUGCAGAGGAGCAGCAACAGAACUGAAAUUCCUAAUAAACUUCCUAUAGAAGUUAGCAAAUCCUAGGAACUGCUGAACCUUUUUCCUGGAGUCUGGUGUGGGCCACUGGGAUACUGCACUGACUUUCGCAGGAUCCAUUUGGAUAUGAUUAGGUGAGACUAUGUAUCCUAAGAAAGACACCUCUUCUGUGUGGAACUCGCACUUCUCUGCCUUGACAUAUAGCUGAUUAUCCAGUAGUUUCUGCAAAACUU